AUGGCUGACUUCCCAUCACCGGAAAGAAGGCCAUCUAACCAUCCUUUCCAAUGCAUAAUUUGCCAAAGUCGCUUCACUCGUCAUGAAAAUCUUAAACGGCAUGCCACACUUCAUACCCGAUCGCAGGCCGAAGCUGCCAUAUCCUGCGACUACUGCCCAUCUACCUUCUCAAGACCCGACUUGCGGAAUCGUCAUAUGAAGCGAAAACACCCGGAGUACGAUCCAAGCCCAACUAGAAAGACCGUUCGCCGAAAAUCUUCUACGCCUAGAGGGUACAUCAGUCGGCAUAGCUCAAGCGACAAAGACAGCUCCUCGUCACCCGAAUCCACCGGGGGCGUUAUGCAAAUACAAUUCACAGGUGAUGAAAGUGGUCAAAUUGAAGACGGGAUAUACCGAAAGGCACUUGAAAGUAUCUCUUUCCCAGGAACCCCGGACUUUGGAAGCAGCAUGCUACCUGAAAUGACCGCCGAACCGUCAAAUCCCCAAUCUACUGCCUUCUCCUAUCAAAACCUAUUCAAUACCGACCAAAAUAAUUUCAAUAUCGCCCACGUCAUUCCUAACAGAUUAUUCGAGGCGGAUCUCCAAGUACCGCAGGAGGACUGGGCACCUUCUGGCCUUCAGAUCACACAUGGAUGUCAGCUGUUUUUCAAUCAUGUCGCGCACUUCCUUCCAUUCCUCCACCGAGCGACGUUCGAGCCCUUUAAAAUUUCCCAAUGCCUGCUUUUCGCGGUACUCUGCCUUGGGUAUCAAUACGGAGAGGAUCCCGAUCAUGACAAUGCGCAGGGCUCUGGAGUGAGACUAUCACAGCAAUUCUUCCGCCAAAGUCGGUCCCUUUUGAGUUCUAGUGAGGGAUCAAAUGACGAAACAGCCACAGACAGGAUUCAUAUUGUCCAGUCAUAUUUAAUUCUUCAAUUGUCUGCGAUGAUGUAUUUCUGUGGAGAUGAGUCCUCAAUCGGACUGGAUAUGCAUUCUAGGAUGAUCUCUCUCGCUCGGUCAUUCGGCCUGAUGCAGCCUCUCGGGAUCGAAUCUUCUACAACCCAAGAUCUCGAUUCUUUAUGGCGCGAGUUUGUUCGUGCGGAAUCCCAUAAGCGGACACUCUUCGCUAUUCACCAAAUAGAUGCCCUCUGGUAUCAAUUCUUAUCAAUCCCACGCUCUAUCUCGCAUUUAGAGAUCAAACAUGAUCUUCCCUGUCCAGAGGGCCAGUGGUCUGCACCAUCCUCUGCAGACUGGGCACAUCGCCGCCUUCUAUCUGGAAAUUCAGGUCCAUCAGUACAAUAUUCAGAUGCAGUCCGUCGCUUCCUUUCUCCGGGUGGUGAAAUCGACUCAAUACCGCCGUUUGAUCCCUACGGCGCAAUAAACAUAGCGCAAUUUCUUAUCUCCAGCGCCAGAGAGAUAUCAGGCUGGUCGACUAUGACAGGCAUGCUCAGUAUUGAACGAUUCGGCGCCCUAAGAUCGUCACUCGUUACACUUGGACCCUUUAUUCGAGCCCCAUCACCAUCAUCAACAUCGGAACAUAUAGCAUUAUGUGAAGCAACUUGGGAAAUUGCAAUGCUUGAGCUACACAUGUGGUCACCUUCACAUACGGGUGGCAUUGUAGCUGCUAGUAUGGAUGCGGUCUUGAAUCAUUCCACCUAUCUUGCCCCUUUUUGCGAACUAUUAUCCGAACCUAAUACUGCCAAAGCAGUUCAACCUCAUGUGACAUGGUUCUUACGUUAUCUGAAUACCAACUCUGUACCCGAGCUAGAGGCGCCAUGGCUUACGCUUUAUGCUUACAAGGCUUUUCUUAUUGCCUGGCAACUUGUGUGUGGGGGUGCCCCUGAUGCAAUGGCUGUUGUUGGCGUUCAGAGCGGGGAUAAGAGUGGAGCUUUGAAAUGGGCUAAAGUUGUUUUCCAACGGAGAGCACGAUGGCAGUUGGGAAGAUUGAUUCUUUCUUGCCUUGAAAAUCUGGACGACGAAUGA